AUGCAUCUGUACAAUCUCACUCUGCAACAUGCGACAGCCAUCACUGCGUCCUGUCACGGGAAUUUCUCCGGACACAAGCAGCAAGAGAUCGCUGUUGCCAAAGGAAAAAUCCUCGAGAUCCUCAAGCCGGAUUCGAACACUGGAAAAGUACACACCGUCUACGCGACAGACGUCUUCGGCGUGAUACGAAGCCUGAUGAGUUUCCGUCUGACCGGGGGCAGCAAGGACUACUUGAUCGUUGGCUCGGAUUCCGGUCGUAUCUGUAUCCUUGAGUUCAACCCCGCGAAGAAUGUGCUGGAAAAGAUACAUAUGGAAACCUUCGGCAAAUCCGGCUGUCGACGCAUCGUGCCCGGACAAUAUUUGGCCGUCGAUCCGAAAGGUCGAGCCGUCAUGAUCGGUGCUGUCGAAAAACAGAAGCUUGUGUACAUCCUCAAUAGGGAUUCGAACGCUCGACUCACGAUCUCCUCGCCCCUAGAGGCGCAUAAGAGCAACACUCUGGUGUACCACAUGGUCGGUGUCGACGUGGGAUUCGAAAACCCGGUGUUCGCAUGCAUCGAGUUGGACUACGAAGAAGCCGACAACGAUCAUACCGGCGAAGCCGCCAAGAAAGCUCAGCAGAGCCUAACUUUCUACGAGCUCGAUCUCGGUCUGAAUCACGUGGUCAGGAAGUAUUCCGAACCUUUGGAGGAGCCGAGUAAUUUCCUCAUCGCGGUGCCCGGAGGCGUGGACGGGCCUUCUGGAGUGCUUGUGUGCUCAGAAAACUUCAUCACGUACAAAAAUCUCGGCGACCAAGCCGACAUCCGGUGUCCGAUACCCCGACGCAGGAACGAUCUCGACGACCCCGAUCGGGGCAUGCUUUUCGUCUGUUCGACGCAGCACAAAACGAAGUCGAUGUUCUUCUUCCUGGCUCAGACCGAACAGGGGGACAUAUUCAAGAUCACUUUGGAAUUCGACGACGAUGCCGUGACCGAAAUCAAACUGAAGUAUUUUGAUUCGCUGCCAGUCGCUCAGACGAUGCAUGUCUUGAAGUCGGGAUUCCUGUUUGUGGCUUCCGAGUUCGGUAAUCAUUCGCUCUAUCAGAUCGCACAUCUCGGUGACAACACCGACGAGCCGGAGUUUUCAUCCAUAUUCCCCUUGGAAGAGGGCGACACAUUUUUCUUCCUCCCUCGAGAACUCAAAAACUUGGUCUUGGUUGACGAAAUGGACUCGUUGUCUCCUAUCAUGACGGCCAGAGUGGCAGAUCUGACGAAUGAAGAUACACCCCAGCUCUACGCAGCUUGCGGUCGCGGCCCCCGCUCUACAAUGCGUGUCCUACGUCACGGUCUCGAAGUGAGCGAAAUGGCCGUUUCGGAGCUGCCUGGCAACCCAAGUGCCGUGUGGACGGUCAAGAAGAGAGCGGACGACGAGUACGACGCCUACAUCGUCGUGUCCUUCAUCAACGCAACUCUCGUACUCAGUAUCGGAGAGACAGUCGAAGAAGUCACGGAUUCCGGUUUCUUGGGAACCACGCCGACUCUCGCUUGUCAUCAGAUCGGACACGAUGCUCUCGUACAGAUUUAUCCUGAAGGCAUCCGUCACAUCAGAGCGGAUCGGAGAGUUAAUGAAUGGAGAACGUCUGGCAAAAAACUGAUUGUAAAAUGCGCAGUAAAUCAACGACAAGUCGUCAUCGCUUUGACCGGAGGGGAACUGAUAUAUUUCGAGAUGGACUCCUCUGGUCAGCUGAACGAGUAUGCAGAACGCAAGGAAAUGAACAGCGACGUACUCUGCAUGGCCUUGGGAUCGGUUCCCGCGGGCGAACAGAGGACCAAAUUCCUGGCCGUUGGUUCCUCCGACGGUACGGUGCACGUUAUCUCGCUGGACCCGAAAUCCUGCCUCUCAAUCCUUUCGGUCCAGGGCAUGACGGAGUCCAAUCCUGAGUCCUUGGCUAUCGUUGACAUGUCCGGACACGAAGAGGGAUCAGGAAGCUCGGCGUUGUAUCUGAAUAUCGGACUUCAGAACGGAAUCUUGAAGAGAAUGGUCCUCGACGCCGUCACCGGUGACAUGUCCGACACACGCACCAGAUUCCUCGGUUCGCGCAGCGUGAAACUCUUCAAAAUCAAAAUGCAGGGCACCGACGCCGUCCUCGCAAUGUCCUCCCGAUGCUGGCUCUCGUACUUGUUCCAGAAUCGGUUCCAUCUGACGCCGCUUUCCUACGACUCGCUCGAAUACGCUUCAGGAUUCUGCUCAGAGCAAUGUCCUGAAGGCAUUGUCGCAAUCGCCGGGAACACACUCCGAAUUCUCGCUCUGGAGAAACUCGGCGCUGUCUUCAAUCAACUCAGCGCACCUCUCUCGUUCACUCCGAGAUCUUUCGUGAUUGACAAGAAAUCACAGAAAUUAAUCGUAAUCGAAACGGAUCACAACGCGUAUACAGACUCGGUCAAAGAGAAGCGAAAGCAACACGUCGCUGAAGAAAUGAUCGAAGCCGCUGGCGAAGCCGAACAGGAGAUGGCCGCAGAGUUGGCGGCUGCUUUCCUCUCCGAAGACCUGCCCGAAUCCCAGUUCGGAGCUCCUCGGGCUGGCAAAAAACACUGGGCUUCGGUGAUUCGCAUCUUGAAUCCUUCGGAUCUGUCGACGGUCUACAAAAUUCAGCUCGAACAGAACGAAGCCGCCGUCAGUGUCGCUUUGGUCAACUUCGACAAAUCCACAGAUCCGAUACUCCUCGUUGGCAUUUCGAAGGAUCUGCAGCUGAGUCCACGGGAAUGCCGGAACUCUUUUAUCAACGCCUAUAGGGUCGUGAAGGACUGCACCGAGCUGGAGCUCGUCCACACAACAGUCAUGGACGACGUUCCCCAAGCCAUGUGUAACUUCGGCAAUCGGGUUCUGAUCGGAGUGGGCCGCUGUUUGAGAAUAUACGAUUUCGGAAAGAAGAAGAUGCUCCGAAAAUGCGAGAACAAACACAUUCCCAACCUGAUCGUGACCAUAAACGCCGUCGGUAACCGCAUUGUUGUCGGAGACGUCCAGGAAAGCUUCUUCUUCAUCAGGUACCGAAUGCUCGAGAAUCAGCUGAUCAUUUUCGCGGACGACUUCACGCCUCGUUGGACGACAGCGGCGUGCAUGGUCGACUAUAGGACCGUCGUAGGCGGUGACAAGUUCGGCAACGUUUACAUCUUACGUUUGCCAGGGAACACGUCGGACGACGUCGACGAAGACCCUACUGGAGUUCGCUCCUUGUGGGAUCGAGGAUGGCUGGGUGGAGCUGGUCAGAAAGCUGAAGUUCUGAGCAUGACUCACGUUGGUGAGCUGAUCGUUUCGCUCCAGAAGACCGCAUUGAUCCCCGGCGGACCCGAAGCUAUAGUGUACACAACGAUAGCCGGUGGUGUUGGCGCUCUCAUACCUUUCUCAUCGAAAGACGACCAUGAAUUUUUCCAACAUCUCGAAAUGUAUAUGAGGACGGAACAUCCGCCCAUAUGUGGACGUGACCAUCUGUCGUUCAGGAGUUACUAUUUCCCCGUCAAGGCCGUAAUCGAUGGCGAUCUAUGUGAGCAAUAUAACUCACUCGAUGCCAACAAGCAGAAACAGAUCGCCGAUGAAUUGGAACGGCUUCCGCAUGAGGUCGCGAAGAAGCUCGAAGACAUUCGAACCAAGUUUGCCUUCUAGAAUUAAUCAUCUGGUUGAACUCUAUUCUAA